AUACCUUGGGACACCUGAUUCGGAGAUCUUAGCGCUGGCCAGGGGGCCAUCUUCUUUUUGUUUUUCUAGCAGGAAUGACCUUUUUGCUCAGUGGGACCCGUUUGGAAUGCAGUGAUGGAGUCACUAUUCGACAGAGAUUUGGAUGUCAUUUACGAAGACCCUAAGCCUCUAGAUCACUACAUACGGGAGGGGCUAAUACAAUUGCACCAAGAAAAACGUCUCUGUGACACAACCAUUGUGGCGGGGGGUGAGCAAUUUCCUUGUCACAGGAUGCUGCUCGCAGCCAUCAACCCGUACUUCCGAGCCAUGUUCUCCAACGUCUUUCGCGAGUCCCAGGAUGGCGAGGUUCUGCUGCAAGACAUGGACCCAUCCAUUGUCCAAGCCCUGUUGCAAUAUUUCUACACAGAGGAAAUCUCUGUCGUUCCAGAGAUGGCCCAAGACCUGUUUGUGGCAGCCAGCCGGCUCCAGAUCAUCACUCUGCUAGAGAGCUGCUCCAGAUACCUCCUCGAUCAUCUUUCCCUGGACAACUGCCUCAGGCUCUACGAACUGGGCUACGCACACAGUGACCCGGCCCUGUUCCAGGAAGCCAAGAGUCUGGUCAACCUGCACUUCAAGCGCCUCUCCCAGGAGGACCAGAGCUUCCUCGACCUGAACCCCAGCACCCUGGCCAGCAUUAUCUCCUUGGACAGCCUGGCCGUCUCCUCGGAGCUGGUGGUCUACCGUGCCGUGUGGCGCUGGGUGAUGGCGCAGAGCACCAUCCGGUUCCCCUUCCUCGGGCAGCUGCUCUCCUGCGUGCGCCUCCCGCUGCUGACCCAGGAGGAGCUGAGGCAAGUCCAGUGCGAGAUGACCCGCUGCAAGGACCUGCGCCUGCGCUGGAGGCGCCUCAACCGCCAGCAGAGGCUGCAGGAGAGCGGCGGGCUGAGGCGGGGCAUGUACACGCCCUGUAUCGUGUGCGUGGACCUCUUCAACAUGGAGGGCCCGGAGCUGAAGACGAAGGACUUCCAGGUGGGCUGUUACGACCCCCAAACCGAAACGUGGGAGAAGCUGCCGCUGCUGAAGUGCCUGUACUGUGCGCGCUGCGUGGCCGUGGGGGACAAGCUGUACGUCGCAGGGGGCGUGCACACGGACGACACGUACUCGGAGACGCUGCACGAGUACAGCCCCUUGCGGGGCCGCUGGACCCAGCUGCCCUCCAUGUCUGUGGCCCGGGCCUCCCACGGCCUCUUGGCCUGCCACCAGAAGCUCUUUGCCGUGGGAGGCUGGUGCAAGUACGAGCACUACCUGGACACGGCGGAGAGCUUUGACCUGGCCGAGCGGUUCUGGGCUCCGGUGGCCCCGAUGCCCCUUGCCCUCAGCCACUUUGCCUCUGCGGUGCUGAAGAACAAGCUGUACCUGGUCGGGGGCGUCACGGACUCGGUGGGAUCCUGGUACGCCUCCCGCAAGGUCCUGAUCUAUGACGUCAGCUCCGACCUGUGGAGCCAGGUGUUCCUAGACAACGAGAUCUACUGGUCCGGGGCCGUGGCGAUGAACAACGGGAUCUAUGUGAUCGGAGGCUACUUCCGGAGCCGAACGAGGCACCACAAUGAGCGGUGGCCCGACUCGGGCAAUAUGCACUGCACCCGGAAGUGCUUUUUCCUGGGGGAGGACGGCAAGAUGGAUAAGAGCGUCUCGGUGCCCAAGCUGCCAAUCGAGCUGGCCGGAGCCGCCGUGGUGCGCUGGAAGCACCGGAUCUACGUGCUGGGUGGAGAAAAUACCUAUUUGUAUAAUAACCUGGAAGGAGAGAAUGAAGAAGAGUAUUACAACACCGUUUACUACUGGGAGCCAGGGGCCACGAAGUGGAUCCGGUGCCAGGAAAGGCUGCCAUUCACCAACUGGGGGCUCAGCGGCUUUGGCUGCACCACCAUGAAGAUCCCCAAGAAGCCCGUCCUGGAGCUUUUCCGAAAGACGUCGGUUGCCCUGACGGCGAUAGAGGUGGUGAGCCCCUAG